AUGCCUCUCGAACAGACAAUCACCAUCGUCAACAACUCCGGCAAGAUCAUCAAGACCGGAAAACAAUUAUUCUCCAUCUUCAAAGAGGCCCAGGGCAACUACAAGGAGAAAAAGUCCCAGAUCAAGGCCGAGAAGCUCCAGCGCUCCCAGACCUUUGAUCACUCGCGCGCCAUCCCCGAACCCCCACGAUACUACCAAGAUGACGAGCAAUACUACUACGACCAACACGCUCGCCGACGCUCCUUCGACGCCGGCAGCGAGCGCGGCUCCGAGCGCAGCCACCGCAGCUCUCAAUCCCGCCGCCUCGAGUCGAGAGAUGCCCGCGACUGGGACACCCGAAGCCGCCUGACCGCCGGCAACCUCAAGACGCUGAGCGAGGUCUCCAGCGUCACCCCUAGCAGAGCGCCCCCGCCGCGCAGCUACGUGAUGCCCUACGCCGAGACCAUGGCCGUCUCCAAGAGGGACCUCAACCAUACCGAGAUGCGGAGCAUGGCCAUGUCCACUCGCGAACCUGGCGGCAUGGUCCCCCGAACCCGCUCCGCCGCUGAGCUUUCCGUGGUGAAGCCUCGCAAGGAGAUCGACAUGGACCUCGCCUACGGCAACAUUCCCCCGGAUCUAGAGUACCGAACCGACCUGGACCCCCGCGGCGAAGAGAAGGAGGCGACGGACCUCGUGCACCGUGUGGAAAACCUUCUUGACGAGGCCAAGUGUGUCCACCACUCGGCCACUGCCACCAUCACUCAUCUUCAGAAAGACCCCGACGCUGCUGCUGCUGUUGCCCUUUCUCUGGCAGAGCUCUCCAGCCUGGUCAAGAAGACGUCCCCCGCAUUCCUCGCCGUGAUGAAGAGCGCAUCCCCUGCUGUCUUCUCGCUACUUGCAUCGCCUCAGUUUCUGAUCGGCUCCACUAUCGCCGUUGGUGUUACCGUGGUCUGCUUCGGAGGCUGGAAGAUUGUCCAAAGGGUCAACGAGCAACGCGCCGCCCGGGAGGCUUUGGCCUAUGAGAAUGUGCCCAUGGACCGCCCUGCCCCGUUGAGAACCCAGAGCGAGUAUGGCGCUGGUGUUGAUGAGGCCCUCAUCAUCGACGACGACCUGAGCUCCAUUGAGACCUGGAGGAGAGGCAUUGUGCCAGGAGAGGCUGAGAGUGCUGAUUUCGAGCUGAUCACACCCACGGCCAUCGGGAUGUACGGAAAAGACGACGAUGACAUGAAGUCUCUCCGAAGCACUCGAACUAGCAGAACUAGCAAAACCAACAAAACUAGCAAGACUAGCAAGACUCACGAGAGCAGUCGAAGCCACCGCAGCCACAGGAGUAGCCGCGAUGACCGAGACAGAGACUCGGACCGGGGAAGUAGACGCGGUGAUACUGAGAGCAUCGCCGACAGUGAGCGCAGCAGUCGCAGCCACCGCUCCAGCAAGAGGAGGGAAAAGGGUGAGGUAAAGUCCAUCGAGGACGGACGAAGCCGCCGUGGCGAUGACGAAAUCUCGGUGGUGAUGCGGCCCAAGUCGCACCGACAGAGCAGCAACAUGCUCAAGGCCUUGUUCAAGAGCAAGAAGGAGAGAGACAUGGUUCUCGCCUAG